ACGUUCAAAUUUUUCGUCAUAUUUAGAUCGUUCUUGCGAUUGCUUAGUGUAACUGCGAUUGAUUUGAUUUCGUUUAGUUUAUGUGUUUACACUCCCCAUUAACUUUGUCGCGUCGCGAGUAUAAAAAUAUUGUGUCCAUCGAAACGUUUCCCGAAUGUUAAUUACAGAAAUAGAAAAAUGAUUUGGAUUGACAUAGUCGAUUGAUUUGGUUGGAAAAUUUGACCAAAUAAAACGAAAUCAAUUUUUCAAUUGGAAAAAGUUACAUUUUCGGACACCGGAAAUGGCUGAGUUAACGGAUGUUAUAAUGAAUUUACAACGGUUCUCCUGGCCAGACUAUCUAGUGCUAGUGCUAAUGUUGUUUUUGUGCAUUUUAAUUGGGAUUUAUUUUGGAAUCAAACAGAAAUCGACCAGCGAGAAUGAGUAUUUAAUGGGUGGAAGAACUAUGUCCAUUUUUCCGGUUGCAAUGUCUUUGGUGGCGAGUUUUAUCAGUGGCAUUACGUUGCUGGGUCUACCAACAGAAAUUUAUUCGUUCGGCAUUCAAUAUGUGUAUGUUAUCGGUGGAGUGAUUGCUAUGGGAGUAGUCAUGGGAUACGUUUUUCUGCCAGUAUUCCAUGACUUGAAAAUAACGUCAACUUACGAGUACCUGGAAAGUCGCUUCGACAAACGGCUUAGAAUGUUUGGCUCAGUGAUGUUUACUAUAAUGAACAUUGGAUACCUUCCGAUUGUUGUGUACGUUCCAGCUUUAGCCUUCAAUCAAGUUACUGGCGUCAAUGUUCAUAUUAUAACACCAAUCGUAUGCUUGGUCUGUGUGUUCUACACCAGUUUGGGCGGUUUAAAAGCAGUGGUUUGGACAGAUGUAGUGCAGUCGUUCUCUAUGUUCGGCGCACUGAUACUGGUCGCCGUAAAAGGAAGCAUUGAUUUGGGAGGUGCUGGCAUUGUUUUUAAGAAUGCACUCGAUACUGACCGAAUUGAAGCGCCCAGCUUCGACUUUAAUCCAACUGUGCGGCAUACAAUUUGGUCGCAAAUAAUUGGCGGUCUGUUCUAUUGGACCCAAACCAAUGCUGUGAGUCAGAAUAUGAUUCAGCGGUAUUUAUCACUGCCCACUCUAAGACAUGCUAGACGAGCGUUGUGGAUUUUUGUAAUUGGUGUCAUUUUCUUGAUGCUACUGUGCACCUACAAUGGACUCUUAAUCUACGCAACAUAUCGAACUUGUGAUCCACUAACCACAAAGCUAGCCAAGGCCAGAGAUCAAUUACUGCCACUGUUUGUGAUGGAUGUACUGGGACAGUUUCCCGGUUUGUCUGGCCUAUUCAUCGCUGGUGUAUUUAGUGCAGCGCUCAGUUCGUUAUCGACCUGCUUGAACAGUAUGUCUGCAAUUGUUUUAGAGGAUUUCGUUAAACCAUUUGUCGCUAGACCAUUGUCAAGCAGAACUAUCAGUUGGAUUAUGCGAUCCGUAGUGGUUGUCGUCGGUGCAAUUUGUGUUGCAUUGGUGGUGGUCGUCCAAAAGAUGGGCACAGUGUUACAGCUUACCAUGAGUUUAGAGGCGAUUACGAACGGACCGUUACUGGGAAUAUUUACCAUUGGUAUCCUGUUACCGUGGAUCAACGGUAACAGUGCAUUGGCGGGUGGUAUAGCCGGUGUGGUGGCAAUGUCUUGGGUAAGCUUAAAUGCUCAGUGGGCGAUUGCAUCUAGUGCUAUCCAUUUUGAACAUAAAUUAACGUCGGUCGAUGAUUGUGACUAUAAUUUCGAUGUCAGUUCAAUGGUUAAUAUUACUAAAGUCGUAGAAACUGACACCGUGUUUCCACUGUAUCGCAUCUCGUACAUGUGGUACACCUUCUUUGGAGCGAUGGUAGCAAUAAUUGUUGCGAGUAUAUGGACGUGUAUAUUUGGCGGUAACGAUCCGGCUGAUGUUGAUUCGUCGUUGCUGACGCCCUUGAUUCGAAAUCGUUUCCGUAAGAAGGAACCGAAGACAAAAACGCACAGUAAUGUUGGCGAGUCAUUGUUUUAAAAUAAAAUAUUGCAAAGAAAGUGUUCAUUUGGUUAACAUUCCUGUUUUUACUU